AUGGUGAAGACAGAAAAAAAUCCCUCUGAACAAGGCAAGCCUAAGGUAUUCGAUUCGCCUGCGACGAAGAAGAAAGUAAUGACGCCGAUAAGAUUAGCCUUGCGCAGCUCCAAUGGCCAGAUCGGAGAAUUCCUUAAGAAGAUCCGAGAGCUAGGCGACGAGGACAAGGAAAACCAUAAAAGCAAUGAGUAA